UAAUAGAUAUACAUAGAAAGAAUGGUUAAAGACAUGUUCAUAGAUGUCAUUUUAAAGAGGUAAAGGAUGAACAAUGAAGGUCCUUAUAAACCAAUUUUUAACUGUAGCUAUUAGAAGAAAUUUAGUCAGAAAUCUUAGGCAGUUAUGUGUAAAUGAAAACGAAUCACAUUUAGAUGACCCCCUUCUUCAGAAACCGGCCCAAAAAAUUUUAAAAGUAGCUAUUAUAGGCAUGCCAAAUGCAGGAAAAAGUUCCAUUAUCAACAAUUUAAUGGACCGAAAGGUAUGUGCAGCCUCCUCAAAAGUUCACACAACUCGAGUUAAAGCAACAGCAGUUUUUACUCAAGGAGAUUCGCAAAUUGUGUUUUUAGACACUCCAGGUCUGGUUAAUAGUAAAGAACAAAAGAAGCACAAUCUUGAAAGUUCAUUUGUAAAAGAUAUUAAUUAUUCUUUAAAACAGGCUGAUACAAUAGCUGUUAUUCAUGAUGUCAGUAACUCAUAUCUUAGAGAAAGACUAGAUAUAAAGAUACUAAAUUUUCUAGAAAACUAUAAUCAAAUUCCUAGUUUUUUAAUUUUAAAUAAGAUAGAUAUUUUAAAAUCAAAAAGAAAGUUAUUAGAAAUUACAAGACUUCUCACAGAAAAUAGUAUUAAUGGAAAGGCAAUGCCUAAUUCUAUUAGAAAAAUUGAAGACUCAGAGUACAAAGGAUGGCCACAUUUUAAAGAAAUUUUUAUGGUUUCUGCAUUAACAGGGGAUGGUUUGGAAGAUGUUAAAAAUUAUUUAUUAUGUCAAGCUAAACCUGGAAAUUGGCUUUACUCAGAAGAAGUAUGGACAGAUCAACUACCUGAACAGAUCAUACAAAACACUGUAAAAGCUACAUUUUUAGACUUUCUGCCUCAAGAAAUACCAUACCGUUUAAAGCCACAAAUUGAACUCUUGGACUUUAAUAAAGAAGGUGUAAUUACAACAGUAGUACUUGUAAAAUGUCCUAGCAAGCGAAUUGCUACAUUAGUUGCAGGGGCUUCAGACGGACGGCUUCGGCAAAUAACUGAAGCUGUUCAAAAAAAUUUACAAGAUGCAUUUCAAACUUACGUGCGUCUUAAAAUUCUAUUGGAGUCUAAAGAUGAAUAAUUAAUAGGAACCAAACACAAAAAACCUCUUGCAGUGUUUCAGCUUAUUAGGGCAUACCAAAGAGUGAAGUUAAACUUACUGCAAUUGCUAUAUUUCUAAAUCAAACGAAGUUUCUAAAAUAAAUUACUUUCUAUAGUGAAAGCUAUUGAUGCGGGAAUCCCCCGUGUAUUAGGUUGCUUUUUAAUGAUUUAUAAAACAAUUUGAAAGUUAUUUUAUUUUAAAAAUAUACAGCCGCUUUAAAUAGUCUUCAUUUUGUUACAUAAAAAAGUUGUAGUCAUACAUGGUGUUAGAGCUACUUUAUUUAUGCGAACAAUUCAUGGAUGGUAUUAAAAAACUUCCCUAAUUCAAUUAAAAAUAAUACUUACACAUU